GUGGGAGGGGAUCAAACUCAACACUGGUGCUCGUGCAUGCAUAGAGCUCGAGCCCCCCGUUAAAACAACAGGACAUUUAGCAGCAGAUCUGUGCCGAUAUCUCCAGUGAGAGAAGCUGGAAGAGACUCAGGGACAGUUACUGUAAUCCUAGCUCUGCUCUGUAUCACAUUUCUGAUCUCAAAGUGUUGCUAAAAGAGGGUUUUCAUCAUGUCGUUUGUGGCUGAGUUGAGUCGAGCAGGUCCGAACGCCGUGAUGACGGAGUUUCAGGAGAAGCUGAGGCAGCAGCAUGAGAACUCCAUGCAUAAAGAGCUGGAGAAGCUUCUCUCCACCACCUCCGGAGCAGAGGCGGAGUGCUCCAGGAAGGAUUUUGAAGGAUUUAAGCAGCUGUUCCACAGGUUCCUGCAGGUAAAAGGACCAUCAGUGGACUGGGCCAAAAUCAACAGACCUCCCGAGGAUUCGAUCCAGCCGUACGAGCGAAUCCGUGCGAAGGCUUUACCGGAGGCCGUGGCGUCUGGUCUGAAUAAGCUGGUAGUGGUGAAGCUGAACGGUGGUCUGGGCACCAGUAUGGGCUGUAAAGGGCCGAAGAGUCUGAUCAGCGUUCGGAACGAGAACACCUUCCUGGAUCUGACGGUGCAGCAGAUUGAGCACUUGAAUAAGACGUAUAACGCUGAUGUCCCUCUGGUCCUGAUGAACAGCUUCAACACAGAUGAAGACACCAAGAAAAUCCUGCAGAAAUACACUCACCACCGAGUAAAAAUACACACCUUCAACCAGAGCAGAUAUCCCAGAAUAAACAAAGAGUCUCUGUUGCCAGUGGCGACCAACAUGAGUCUAACGGGGGAGAACAGUGAGGCGUGGUACCCGCCCGGUCACGGAGACAUCUACGCCAGCUUCUACAACUCAGGGCUGCUGGAGAAGCUCCUCUCCGAGGGGAAGGAGUACAUCUUCGUCUCCAACAUCGACAACCUGGGAGCUACGGUGGACCUGCACAUCCUCAACCACCUGAUGAGCCAACCGGCCGACAGACGCUGCGAAUUCGUCAUGGAGGUCACCGACAAAACCCGCGCUGACGUGAAGGGUGGUACUCUGAUCCAGUAUGAUAAUAAGCUGAGGCUGCUGGAGAUCGCUCAGGUGCCCAAAGCUCACGUUGACGAGUUCAAAUCCGUCACCAAGUUCAAAAUCUUCAAUACUAAUAACCUGUGGAUCAGCCUGCCCGCCAUAAAGAGACUGCAGCAGCAGAACAGCCUGGACCUGGAGAUCAUCGUCAACCCAAAGACUCUGGAUGGAGGGUUAAACGUGAUCCAGCUGGAGACGGCUGUGGGCGCCGCCAUUAAGAGCUUCGACAACGCGCUGGGCAUCAACGUUCCCCGCAGCCGCUUCCUGCCCGUCAAAACCAGCUCCGACCUCCUAUUGGUCAUGUCUAACCUGUACAGCCUGGAGGCGGGGUCUCUUACCAUGAGUGCGAAGAGAGAGUUCCCCACCACGCCCCACGUCAAACUGGGCAGCUCGUUCACCAAGGUUCAGGAUUUCCUGCGGAGGUUUGAGAGUAUUCCGGACAUGCUGGAGUUGGAUCAUCUCACCGUGUCUGGAGACGUCACCUUCGGAAAGCAGGUCACUCUGAAGCUCACCCUGAGUGUCCAGAGUGAUGGAGGAGUCCUAAUUAGGUAGAAACUUUAGUUAAAAAAUAAAACAAAACAGUUUAAAUCCUGUAUAAAGACUCUGAAUCAUAUACAAAAAAUAUGGCACCUUUUAUGUAUUCUGCUUUACUUUUUUACCAAUAUGUUAAAUUCCAUCAAUAUGGAAUAAAUUCCAUAAAUAAGUGUCUAAAAUGUGCAGAAAAGGGCUUACUUUAGUGUAUUUUCUAUAGUUUUUUGUUACAUAUUUACAUGUUUAUUUACAGAAUUUAACAUAUUGGAAGGUAAAAAGAAAAAAAAACCCACACUGAAUCAUCUAGAGUUACAUGAUAUAUUGAUAUUUUAUCAUAUCGACAAUAAGCAUAUCAAGUAACAUUGACCAAACUGAAAAUUUUAUUACAGAGCGUGUUAAAAAUCCUGUUUAAUUGGACGAUGUGCAGCAAAAAAAUGAUAUAAAUCACUGUAUUAAUUGUGAAAAAGUAUCUGAAUAGGAUUUUUUAAGAAUCUACCUCUCUUGGUGCAUUUUAUCUGCGAUAAUCUAUCUAUCUAAUCUAAUAAUAAGAUUAUCUUUAAAUAUUGUGAUAUAAUAUUUUACCGUAUCGUCCAGCUCUGUCAGGGCGGUGGCUUUUAUACUGUUCAUAUCGAUAGAGAAGUUUUAUCAUAUUGACCGAAGUUAAGAAAUAUCACAAUAUAAAUUUUGCCCAUAUCGUCCAGCACUGUGAAUGGUUUUGGCACUUGUGUUCAGUAUAUAUACAGUAUAUGUAUGUGUAAUAUAUGGGAUAAGAGAUCACUUCAGUUUCUGAAUGAGUUUCUCUGAGUUUGCUAUUUAUAGGUUUAUGUUUGAGUAAAAUGAACAUUGUUGUUUUAUUCUAUAAACUACAGACAACAUUUCUCCCAAAUUCCAAAUAAAAAUAUUUUAGUCAUUUAAAGCAUUUAUUUGCAGAAAAUGAGAAAUGGCUGAAAUAAUAAAAAAAGAUGCAGAGCUUUCAGACCUCAAAUAAUGCAAAGAAAACAAGUUCAUAUUCAUAAAGUUUCAAGAGUUCAGAAAUCAAUAUUUAGUGGAAUAACUCUGGUUUUUAAUCACAGUUUUUUUUUUUCAUGCAUCUUGGCAUCAUGUUCUCCUCCACCAGUCUUACACACUGCUUUUGGAUAACUUUAUGCUGCUUUAUGCAGUUCAGUUUGGUUUGAUGGUUUGUGAUCAUCCAUCUUUCUCUUGAUUAUUUUCCAGAGUUUUUUUUUCAAUUUGGUAAAAUCAGAGAAACUCAUCAUUUUUAAGUCUCUCUUAUUUUUUUCCAGAGCUGUAUUAGUGUGUGUGUCUAUAUCACUCUCAGUCAGUCUGUAUCUCUGAAUGUAGAGUGUGUGUUGGAUGUGAGACAGCAGGGGAAGAGACUGAGCUCAGAUCAGUGAUAGAACAGUGGUAGAGGUUCUGUUAAAAAUGGACUAUGGUUGUGAUGAAGAUGUAGAGAUGGAAUUAAAGGUGCAGUAUGCAGUUCCA